CCAUUUUGGGAAAGUGAAGGGGUGGAAUUCCAGUUAAAUGUGCAGCCUUGUGCCCCACGUGACCCAACAGCCCUUGUCCUGGCACCAGAGCUUAUUGGCCCAGCUGUGAGGGAACAUGGCGAGACACACAGAGAGCAGAGACAGUCACCCUAUUCAAUCCUAUCCAAUCCCAUUGCUACUCCUCCACCCGCUUUCAGGACAAUGAACAGAGAUGAUGAGCGGAUCCCUCCCAUAAAUCUCUGCCGCCAAACAGCUGACACAUUGAGCAGCCGCGGUAACUCACAACAUCGGUCUCCGCAAAUACACAGCUCCUCCUAUUGUCCCGCCCACUCUGCUGAAUAGCCACACCCUUUAUUAUUCUACUCUACCAUUGGAUACAAAGUUGCCUUCCAGCAACGAGAUCCGCCUAGUCUGCUCUUGAAUCUGCCCAGUAAGCGGCUGCGCGCGCCCUAGGCCGGAAGCGGAAGCCCGUGCUGCUGCGGAAAGCCGGGAAUAUGGCGGCACCUUUGCCUUCUUUAUAGGUAAUUGUUCUGUGCGGGGUAGUGUUUAGCGGAAUGCGAUCGAUUAAAGGCGCCAAUCCCUUCAGGAAUAUCCGGGCUGCACCUCUAGUGGCUUUCCAGAUACACCGUGACUGUGGAUAAUGGAUCCAGACCAAGGAACACCACCUAUCACCAACAUGGACCCACCCUCAUUGGUGAUCAAGACAAGGAAGCUGAGAGAGAAACUGAAAAAUGAACCACUGAACCACAAAUAUCACCAGAGCACAGUAGAGAGUGAAACGGGUUCAUCAUCUGGACCAGGUUCCCCAGAGGCUGAAGAAGAAGUAGUUCAGGUAAAGAUAGAGGAGAGGGACUCGGAAAAUGGGCUGAACUCUCUGCCUAGAGACGUGAAAGUGGAGAAGUUUGAGUCGGACUCUGAAUAUAAUCAAGAUACAAGUGAUGCAAAAAUACUACAGAUAAAGGUAGAGGAAGAAGCGUUUGAUGCAAGUGAGGGAUGUUCAGUGAGUAAGCGGGAAGGCUGCCUACUCGAGAAGAGGAAUUGGGCGAGUCACUAUAGUCUCACGGUGUCCGGAUCCAGUGAUUCCUCUGGUACUGUGGAUAAAUCCAUGGAAAACGAUAGCUUUUUUGGAGAUUUGGGACUACACGUAGAUCAGUGUGAGCCAAACACUAGAUGUGAGAGUGACCCAGGAACUCCGGAGUCUUUUUUCUUUGUCUGUAAUAAGUGUGGCAAAUACUUCUUUCAGCAUGGUGACUUUCUCUCCCACCCCUGUGUCUCUGCCAAUAAUAUGGGUAUUAGUGGUAGCCGGCCUCCGGGGAGUUACUGCCAGUUGCAUCCGCUAGCCUAUAGUGACGGAAAACCAUUCUCAUGUACAGAAUGUGACAAAGGGAACUAUCCAGAGAGCAACCUCCAAAACCACCAGAACUUUCACCGAGGAGCCAAACCAUUUGUCUGUACGGAAUGUGGGAAAGGUUUCUCCAGAAAGUACAGCCUUAACAAUCACAUAAGAUUCCACACAGGAGAUAAACCAUUUGUAUGUACAGAGUGUGGGAAGAGCUUCCCUGAGAAGAGCAAACUCCACAGUCAUGUCAAGAUCCACACCGGAGAGAAACCAUUCAUAUGCCCAGUGUGCAGCAAGAGCUUCUCGGAAAAGUGUAACCUUUAUAACCAUCAGACCAUUCACACGGGGGAGAAACCAUUCAUGUGUCCGGAGUGUGGGGAACGGUUCUCUCGGAAGAGCACUCUAAGCAUCCACCAGAAUGUGCACACGGGAGAGAAACCUUUUGUGUGUCCGGAAUGUGGGAAAAAUUUCUCCCAAAAAAGCAACCUUCGCAGUCACCAGAGAAUUCACACGGGGGAGAAACCCUUCUCAUGCUCUGUAUGCGGAAAGAGCUUCUAUGAGAAGAAAAAUCUACACCGUCACGAGGCCAUCCACUCCGGGGAGAAACCAUUUAUCUGCUCCCAGUGUGGGAAAGGCUUCUCCGACAAGGGGGCGCUCCACACUCACUUUAGAGUGCACACCAAGGAGAAACCAUUUCCCUGCAGGGAGUGCGGCAAGAGCUUUGCUCAGAAGAGCAACCUCCAGAUCCACCAGAGGAUUCACACUGGGCAGAAGCCCUUCAUAUGUACAGAGUGCGGCGACUGUUUCUCUGUAAAGAUCAGCCUUCAGAAGCACCAAAAAACUCACUCUCUUUAGGGAACCUCAUGGGCGGGGCUACAGAUUGAGAAUCUCCUGGGAUUUAUGGGAAUAUGGUAUUGAACAUCUCCAGAUAUAUCCCACUAUAUACGAAUGGAUAUAAAUAUCCAGCCAAAAAUGAGGACUGACUAGGGGCUGGGGUGCUCUGUAAAUCCAACUAUAGGGUAUCCGUGUAAGUACAGCUAGAAAGUCUAAUUCACAGUAUUUAAUGGGCCCCACACGGCUUUGUAUCUUUUUUUGUCUCCCUAAGAAUUCUGUGGAUAUUAAAGGGACUUUGUGUUUCUAUUUAAA